AUGUCACUCACUGUGCGUCUCCCCUACUCUCUGUUUAAGCCCGUGCUUUUUUUUUAUUGUUUUGCUUCUCUUUUUCUCCCCUCUCUCUCUCUCUCUUCCUUUCUCUCUCUCUCUCCUCCUUUCUCAGUUUAUCUUUCCCACUCUCUUUCCCUCUCUCUUUCCUUCUCGCCUCCUUCUCUCUUUGACUUUCCUUCUCUCUCCCACUCUCUUAGUCUCUCUUUCUCACAUUCCUUUUUUCCUCCAUUUACCUCUCUUUCUUCCUGUCACUCUUACUCUUUCUCUCUCUCUUAUAUGACAUUUCCCGCUCAUUCUUUCUCUCUGUUUCAUUUUCUCUCGCUGUCUCACAACUUCUCCAUUUGCCUCACUUUCUUUCUCUCACAUUGUUUCACUUUCUCUUUCUUUCGUUCACUUUCUCACAUUCAUUUUCUCCUCUAUUUCCCUUUCUUUCUUUCUUUCUUUCUUUCUUUCUUUCUUUCUUUCUUUCUGUUUCACUUUCUACUAGCCGCCGAAACGCAGCGUCGGCAGCAUAGCGCGUCCUCCCGACCAGCGUUCAGUCUUCGUCGUUGCCGUUGGCGAGACGAACGCUCGCACGAAAAAGAACGAUACCUGGUUGAUCCUGCCAGUAGUCAUAUGCUUGUCUCAAAGCUUAAGUCAUGCAAGUGUAAGUUCACGCCACGCAUUACAACGGGCGAAACCGCGAAUGGCUCAGGAACCGGACCUAAUCCUCGAGACCGUAAUCCUCCUUGGAGGCGAUGGAUAACUGUGGCAAUUCUAGAGCUAAUACAUGUGACACAAGCCGCGAUCGGUCGGCGCGUCGCCGUCGCCUGCGUGCCGUCACGCGCGUGGGCACACGCGUCGACCGUUACGGGUCGCGGCGCUACAUAUUAG